AUGGGAUUUUGGGGCGUGACAAGGAGGUGAUGAGGCUGAUGUAGAAAAUAUUGGUGUACAAGGAGGUAAUGAGGCUGAUGUAGAAGAUAUCCACGUAGAAGAUAUUAACGUAGAAGAUUUUGGUGCAGAAGGAGGUGAUGAGGCUGAUAUAGAAGAAAUUAAUGUAGAAGAUGUUAAUAGGCUAACAAGUGAGUUAUCAGAUUAUUUGAGUAGUGAUUCAGAUCUUGGAGAUAUUUCUUCAGAAGAUAGCUCAGAUAUUGAUGAGGAGUUGAGGGCUUUUAGACAAGAAAGAAGGGAAAAAAGAGCCAACAACAAAGAAAGAAACAAAAAAGCAAGAAAAAAGGUUGUUGAAACUGAAGAAGUACCCGUGGGAGUUGUUGGUUGUGUAGAUAGAGGCUUUGGGGAUAUUGGUAAAAGUAAGGCUACCAAAUAUUAAGGAAAGUUGGGUGGAGAUGAGGAAUAUAUUGAUAGUUCUGAUUGUUGGAGUGAAGAUAGUGAAGAGAUAGAUGUAGAUGCUGUUAGAGGAGUAGAUCUACUUAGAAGAAGGAGAAGAAAGAAAACUAGGUAUGAUGAAAAUUGUGAGUUUUCUGUGUUUGAGCUUGGAAUGAUUUUUGUGGGUGCAAAUCAGUUUAGAAAAGCUGUUGCAGAUUAUGCUGUAGAGUAUAGAAGGCAGGUGAAGUUAAAACCUAAUGAAAAACAUAGAAUAAGGGUGAAAUGCAUUGCAGCUAAUUACAACUGUUUGCUGUUUGCUUUUACUGAUAGGGAUUCAGGUAAUUUUAUUAUUAAGAACUAUAACCCUAUUCACAAAUGUAUACCUUUAAACAAGAACAAGAUGUGUGAUUCAAAGCUGGUUGCUAGAAAGUUCAAGGACAGAAUAGCUUCUCAGCCAUACAUUAGGAUUUGGGAAAUUCAAGAUUUAGUAAGAGAGGUGUUGGGUCUUUAUAUAGGUAAAACUAUUUGUUAUAGGGCUAAACAGAUUGUUAUGAGGGAGAAUAUGGGAGAUUAGAAGCUGGAAUUUGCCAGAUUAUGUGACUAUGCAGAUAUGAUCAAGAUAACAAAUCCUGGAAGUUCUUGUUGGAUAAAAAUUGACAAAGAAACUGAACUAGGAAAGAACCUCUUUGUUUAUUUCUAUGUGUGCGUUCAUGCCUUCAAGCAAGGAUGGUUAGAUGGGUGUAGGAAAAUUAUUGGUUUUGAUGGAUGCUUUCUCAAAGGAGCUUGUAAGGGUGAGUUGUUGGUUGCUGUGGGGAAAAAUGACAACAACCAAAUGUAUCCUAUUGCAUGAGCAGUUGUGGAUACUGAAACAAAACAUAGCUGGGACUGGUUCAUAAGGUAUCUGAUUGCAGAUCUAAAUCUGGGAACUGGUGAAGGCUUGACUGUAAUGUCAGACCAACAAAAGGGUCUUGUUCCUGUUUUGAUGUAUCGGCUACCAAAUACUGAGAGAAAAAUGUGUACUAGACAUAUUUGGAGCAAUUGGCAUGUGCGCUGGAGAGGAGAAGAGAGAAGGAAACUGUUUUGGAGAUGUGCAAAAGCAAGCUUUGAAGUAAAGUUUAGAGAGGAGAUGCAAGCAAUGCCAAGGCUAGGUAAGAAAGAAAUAACUGAGGACAUGCUGAUUAAUCCUCCUACAUCUUGGUGUAGGGCAUAUUUCAAAACACAUUCCAAAUGUGAUAUUGCAGAAAAUAACAUGUGUGAGACUUUCAAUUCUUGGAUCUUAGCUGCUAGACAUAAGUCCAUAAUCACAAUGUUAGAGGAUAUCAGACAUCAACUGAUGAAUAGAUAUGUAGAUAUGAUUAAAUUUGCAGAAACAUGGAUUUCAGACAUUGCACCUAUGGCAAGAACUAUUUUAGAAGCUAACAAGGAAUAUUCAAAUAGGUGUAGGGUUCUAUGGAAUGGAGUUAAUGGUUUUGAAAUUGAGGAUAAGGGUUACACAUUUUUUGUUCACUUGGACAAGAAGUAUUGUGAUUGUAGGUUAUGGAUGUUAAGAGGUAUUCCUUGUCCUCAUGCCAUUUGUGCUUAUUAUUACUUGAAAGUAGAUCCUGAUCAGCAUGUAGAGCACUGGUAUAAUAAAGAAACCUUUCUUAAGUCUUAUAGCCAUUUCAUUCAACCAAUUACCAAUAUGAGAAUAUGGACGGAAACCAAAAACCCAUCAAUUGAAUCUCCAAAACCAAAAAAGAUGCCAGGCAGACCUGGAAAGAAUAGAAGAAAGAAGAAGGAUGAGCCAAAAAAGUGGGGUAAACUCUCAAGAAAAGGUGUCAAGAUCACUUGUUCAAGGUGCAAGCAAGUUGGCCAUAACAAGACUGUGCGUGCCAAAAUAAAUGGGAUGAGGAUCAGUAAUAGUAGUCAACCUAGCUGUCAUUCUGAAGCUUCAUGGAAUCCACCACCACCACAAUCAAGUUCUAUUUGUGGUGACACCAGUGCAAUGGCAAGACAUACCUACACUCAAAGUCAAAUAACAAGAUUAAGCUCCACCUUUGAUACAUAUGCAACUACACAAUCCAGUUAAUCAAGAUCUACUUGUGCUGACACAACUGCUGUGCCAAGAGCACCUUAAAGAAAGGUGUCAAGUGUGGCUGGUAGAGGUCAAGGUGCUGCUGGUAGAGGUAAAGGUGCUACUGGUAGAGGUAAAGGUUGUUCUGGUAGGGAUAGUGGUUCUGGUAGUGGUUAAUUUGGUGCUGAUAAGGGAGGUGAAAGAGGAAUUGGUAGAGGUCAAGGUGCUGCUGGUAGAGGUCAAGGUGCUGCUGGUAUAGGUAAAGGUUGUUCUGGUAGGGAUGGUGGUUCUGGUAUGGUCAAUUUGGUGCUGAUAGGGAAGGUGAAGGAGGAAUCGGUAGAGGUCAAGGAGGGAGUGGUAGAGGAUUGCCAAGAAAAAUAGCCAAUGCAACAAGAGGGAUCCUAUUUGAAAGUGGAAGAAAUAUUUCUUCCAGUCAAGUACCACCUUUGCCGACCAAUAAGAGGUCAUACAAUACUACCUCAUUUGCUGCUGCUACUGGAUACAAAAGGCUUGCAACUGGUUUUAGUGUUUACUCUGAUCCAACAACUGGAACCCACGUGUACAAUCCAGGUACAUCAAGUGAGAGGGUUCUUUAUGAAGGUAUAAAUUUAAGGAGUGCUUCACCAACCAAUAUAGAUAUUGGUUUUAAAAAUAGCGGCCUAAAGUGGAAUGAAAAAGAUGCAGUCACCAGCACACAAUUGCAACAAAUGAAAGCAAAUAAGAGAAAAAAAAGUAGAAACAACCAAGUCUUCUUCAUCAAUUGGAUAUUCAAAGAAGUAGUUCAUUUAGAAAUGAUUUGCACUGUAAUGAGGGAUAGUGUCUUUGAACAAAUUGUGUUACUAGUUUUUGAAUAACUUUUUCUUAGGCAGCAAUUAAUGAUUUUGGUGUAUGCUGCAGUAGAACUAUUCUGCUCAAUGUUGAGCCUUUUUUGAACACCUUUACAUCAUGUAUGCAGGUUUUAGCUCAAUCUUGAGCUGUGUUAAUAUGAUA